UCACCCAACAUGAAACGAAGCUGCUUCAAUGCGGAAAUGUAUGUCGAACACUGAUUGUGACCACAAAACAUCGGUAUAAAAAGAGAGGGGUUUCAAACUGUUCCUUGAAAUUUGUACAACAGAUUCACAGAUCACAAAUUCACAGAUCGACACCAAUCGUACUGUUAAAGUUAUGUGGAAUUGAAGAUAUUGCUACAUCAUUAUGAUUCAGUUAAGUCUUUUGUCCACACUCGUCUAUAUAGUAGUUUGCAUCGUGAGCAUAUCUAAAUCGAAUAGCGUUUCCCCUGGCGAUGUUCGACUUAUGGGAUCGUCCUUUAGYAACAUGGGUCGUGUGGAAAUAUUUCACAAUAAUUUGUGGGGCACAGUCUGCGACGAUUAUUGGGACAUGAAGGAAGGGAAUGUCGUUUGCAGGCAGCUGGGAUAUCAGGGUGCAAUCGCUGUUUACUCAAGUGGUUUCUUUGGAGCAGGUUCUGGUAAUAUUUGGAUGGAUAAUGUAAGGUGUACUGGUUUAGAGAGAUCGUUGUCUUCAUGUUCACAUCCAGGAUGGGGAGUGCAUGACUGCAGCCACAGUGAAGAUGCUGGAGUUGCUUGUCAAAAUUACACCAGACAUGAUCAUACAGGAAGCGGCAGCUGUUCGUUUGAGUCAGGACCAAGUCUCUGUGGAUAUCAAAAUGUUAAUGGUGAUGACUUCGACUGGACAUUGAUUAGUGGUAGUACUCUUUCAACCAACACCGGGCCGCAACAUGAUCAUACUACAGGAUAUGGUCAUUAUAUUUACAUCGAAAGCUCCUAUCCGCGGAGAUUUGGCGAUAAGGCAAGAAUCAUAAGCCCUCAAAUCACAGGCGGGAAGUGUCUCCAGUUCUUUUACCACAUGAAAGGCUCGAACAUCGGRGAAUUGAACGUGUACUUAAAAUACGGUAACAAUCAAACCAUGAUCUGGCAAAAGAGCCGUGAGCAGGGUCUUAUCUGGAUAUUGGCUAGGAUACCCAUAUACGGCUUAUCAACUUUCAAGGUUAUGUUUGAAGGAGUAGUUGGUUCAAGUUAUCAAGGAGAUAUUGCUUUAGAUGACAUCGAGAUUCUUAAUAAAACUUGUCUUCCUGCAAACUCUGGUAACUGCACAUUUGAUGAUGGACACAUUUGUGGAUAUACAAAUGACAACGAUGAUGAUUUCGACUGGACAGUUAAUAGCGGCAGUACCCCRACGUAUAACACUGGACCCCAGCAUGAUCAUACUUCUGGGAAUGGUUAUUAUAUUUACAUCAGGACGUCCUGGCCAAGAGUACCAGGAGAGAUUGCUCGACUUGUCAGUCCUGAAAUAUUUGGUGCCAAGUGCGUACAGUUUUAUUACCAUAUGAAAGGUUCAGGGAUCGGAGAACUCAACGUGUAUGUUGACAAUGGCAUAUCCAAGCUAAUAUUGUGGCAACUGAUUGGAGAGCAAUCAUCGACCUGGAACAAGGGUAUGGUGCCAAUCAAAGGCUUGAUGGCUUUUAAGGUGAUUUUUGAAGGAGUCAGUGGUUCAGAYUACAGAGGAAAUAUCGCCCUUGAUGACAUCGCAGUUCUUAAUCAAACUUGUGACUUAACUCCAUCAAACGCAAAAGCGACACCAAUAAACAUAACGAGCAACACUGUCCGUUUGAAGGGAGGUAAUAUUACUUCAGCAGGACGAAUCGAGGUCUUUCACGAUGGGCGAUGGGGAACAGUGUGUGGCUCGAAUUUUCCUCUUCUAUCAGCAAGAGUCGUUUGUAGGCAGCUUGGUUUCCUAGACGUAGAAAUCCUGGUUCAAUGCUGCUCGAUCUUUCCCGCUGGAAAUGGAAGAAUUUUGUUAGAGGAUGUCCGUUGUCGUGGAGAUGAGCCUUCAAUUUCAAUGUGUUCGCACAAGGGAUGGGGGGUUACUAGCUGCCGUCACCGUCGAGAUAUUGGUGUAAUUUGCAAGACUAAUAAUACUCUCAGAAACGUUCGUUUGAAUGGUUCGUCCAAUGACUUCGAGGGUCGAGUGGAAGUACAGAUAGGUGGCAUAUGGGGAACAGUUAGUGAUCUUGGUUGGGACAUCUACGAUGCUAAUGUUGUCUGUAGACAAAUAGGCUUAGCAGGUGCUACGGGAGUUUAUAACGGUGCUCAUUAYGGCCGUGGAUCGGGACCCGUGUGGUUAUCAAAUACUGCCUGUAAUGGAGAUGAAACUGCGUUAUGGAAAUGUAACCUAACGCUUAAUACAAACCCUCAUGCUUAUGCGCCGUGGAAUCCUCACAGAAGAGAUGCUGGUGCUGUAUGCUACGAUCUCCGCUUAACCAAUGGAAGACAGCCGGGUGAAGGUAUUGUACAAAUCAAGUACCUUGGUACUUGGGGUACAAUAUGCAACGAUGGCUGGGAUAUUAACGAUGCCAAAGUGGUUUGCAGACAGAUGAGAUACUCGAGAGCUGUAUCGUUGAGAUUAGGAUAUUCUGUUACUCCAUCGGCUGGUAUAAAUCCUCUUGUAACAAGAUUAAAGUGUAAAGGGGAUGAGCCAUCUAUUGGUUUGUGUGGUUUUCAACACCUUUCGUCUGUAGCUCAUACGUGUACACAUUUAACAGAUGCUCAAGUGAUUUGCGCUGGCCAAGUUCCAACGAUUGUACCAAGGACUGUCAAAUCCCACAGACCAACAGCAGUACCAAGUAAAAGACCUACGACACCAAAACCUGGCCCCAAUGACGUUCGACUUGUUGGGUCUACUGACAAAUGGCAAGGACGAAUAGAGAUAUUUCACAAUGGMGUCUGGGGCACAAUCUGUGAUGAUCAAAACGAAAAACAUAUUGGGACAGUUGUUUGUCAUCAGUUAGGAUAUUCUGAUGCUAUCGUCAUGUAYACGAAUUCUGCUUUUGGGAAAAGCAAUAGUACCAUUUGGCUUCAUGAUGUUCGGUGCAAGGGGAACGAGUCCAGACUCACAAGUUGUCAGCAUAGUCCGUGGGGUGAACGUGAUUAUUACUGUGACCGGUACGACGCAGAUCUAGGGGUUGCCUGUGUUCAUUCUAGUACACAUGUUGCCUCUCCUGGAAGUUGCCCUUUUGAUGCGAAUCUUUGUGGAUAUACUAACGCUGAUGAUGAUGACUUUGACUGGACGAGACACCAGGACAGCACACCAUCUUUCAGUACUGGUCCUGCCCAUGAUCAUACUACAGGAGUGGGUCAAUAUAUCUACAUCGAAACCUCUUCUCCAAGAGUUCAAGGUGAAGCAGCGCGCAUCGAAAGUCCAACGAUCACAGGUGCCAGUUGUAUAAAGUUUUACUAUCAUAUGAAGGGUGAAACUACUGGUGAACUGAAUGUGUACUUGGAUAAUGGCUCAGAGAAGAAAAUGGUUUGGCAACAAAUAGGAGAGAUCUCUAAAAUCUGGAACCUCGCUGCCAUACCAAUCAAUGGCUUGAAAUCAUUUAAGGUUAUAUUUGAAGGAGUAGCGGGUACAAGUUACUCCGGAGACAUAGCUAUCGAUGAUAUCCAGACUCUUAAAACAGCAUGCCAACUAGUUCCUGCCAAUGCAAAACCUAAACCAGAAAAUCCAAAGAAUAAUUCUCACUCUAUUCGUCUCGUGGGACGUAAUGGAAGUGUACUUUCUGCUGGACGGAUCGAAGUAUUUUACAAGGGCAAAUGGGGUACGAUCUGCGGAAAUAAAUUCCCCAUUUCUUCUGGAAGAGUGGCGUGUAGACAGCUUGGGUUCUUAGAUGUUGAAAUGGUACUGCCAUGCUGCACGAUGUUUGACCCUGGCAGGGGUAGAAUCUGGUUGGACAAUCUUAACUGCGAGGGUAGGGAACCGGAUAUUACCAAGUGUGCCCACAAAGGAUGGGGAAUUACGCACUGUGUUCACAGUUCAGAUGUUGGCCUUAUUUGCCGAACUAAAGAUACCCUCAGAGAAGUGCGUCUCGUUGGCUCUUCCAAUGACUACGAAGGUCGCGUAGAGGUUAAAAUCGCUGGCGUAUGGGGUACUAUUAGUGAUCUCGGAUGGGACAUAUUUGAUGCUAAUGUCUUCUGUAGGCAACUUGGCUGGGCUGGAGCUUCUGGAGUUUAUAAUAGAGGUCAUUAUGGGCUUGGAAAAGGUCCCAUAUGGAUAUCUAGAGUCUCUUGUCGUGGCAACGAGAGUGCCUUAUGGAAAUGUAACCUAACGCAACAUCAGAUUCAAAAAUCACAAUCCAGGCAGUGGUAUCAGAAUCCUCAUGAAAGAGAUGCUGGUGCAGAAUGCUUCGAUCUACGAUUAGUUGGGUCAAAAUCCAAAAGUGAAGGCAUAAUAGAAAUCAAGUACCUUGGUACCUGGGGUACAAUAUGUAACGAUGGCUGGAACAUGAACGAUGCCAAAGUGGUCUGCAGACAAAUGGGAUAUUCAAAAGCUGGUUCUAUAAAGUUGACAAGCAUUGUGGUUCCUAAUAAUAUUUCAAAUCCUUUAUUAAAAGGAUUUCAAUGCAAAGGCGACGAACCAUCUUUGGGAAUUUGUAGCUUUAAUAUAAUAAUGCCUUACUCAAAAAGCUGUUCUCGUUCUUCUUACGCUCGAGUGGCGUGCACACAUCCAAUUUCCAAGAAGUGCAAUGCCAGAUGUCAUAGCUGCCAAAAGACUGUUAAGUAUGGAGGUAUAUGUGUAUGUUCUUUAGAACACACUGACGUCAUAUGGUGUGAUGCUUUCCUUGGACGUAAUGUAAUUGACGUUCAGGUGUUAAACCGGUCUUUGAGCCAGUGGAAUGCUGGCGAAUUCAAAAAGUCUUUGGCUAAUCAGCUGAAUAUCUACUGUCAAAAUCAAACGUGUGCAUCUCACAGUAAAUUUGAUGUCGAGGACAUCAUAAUAGUGGAUAACUACCCAAAAGYAUCCAAGGGACAAAGCUUUAUACUGCAAUUCAUAGUACUAGACGAGGAUUCUCAGAGUCCAAUCUCCAAAGGAAUCAUCUACAGUAUGUUCAAACAUGACCAUACUUUAGCUGGUUAUAACAUUAACCUUGCUUAUAAUCAUGACAAGCCACUUGCCCAUGCUAGAAAAGGAACGUCAAGCAAGAAUUUGAAAUUAGCUAUUUCGAUAGCUAUGGUUGUUGUCAUCGCUGGCAUCGCUUUGACCAUAUUUCUCGUCUUCAG